AUGGGAGAUGCUUUACAGGCAAGCGGAUUUUAUCCAAUGCAUUUAGCUACUCCUAUUUUAAAUAAAGGACUAAAUGUUGGCAAAACAAUUUCAGGAAAACUUGAUUACCGUACAGUUUCUAAUGUAUUAUUAACCACAACCUUUUUCAUUCUUUAUAAAAUUUUUAACCGUUAUAAAAAUCUAAAAAUACAAGGUCAGGAUAUACUAUAUGAUGUAACAAGCUCGCAAUUAAAAGAAACUCCUGAAAUGUUAGUAGAAAAACAUUUAAAAAAAAUAGAAAAUCAUAAAAAAAAAGUAGAUGCAGCAAAAAAUUGGUUAAAAGAUGUGGAAAAAAGAAUAAACGAAGAAACAAAAAAGAUAGAAGUUGCAACAAGAAGUUGUCCAGCUGAAUCCACAAGACCCGUAAAAGAAUCAUCACAUAAAACAGUUACCCAAGAAGAAGAGAUUAAAUUAGAUGAUGGAACAAAUGAAAAACAAAUAAUUGAAAAGGGAGUCGAUAAAAUACAAAAAGGGUUAAAAAGAAUUGAAGAACUUAUGGAAAAAUAUGAUAAUGGUUCAGGAAAAGUGUUUAAAGACCACUUAGGAUCAUAUCGCCACGUAGUAGAAAUACCUGAAGAUAAGAUGAAAGAAUUUGAUGAAGGAUUAGAAUUAUUUCAAGAAGGAAUAAAUUUAAUUAAAGAUCGUGUAAAAUCCUAUCCAGGUGGAGAAGAUGUAGACGAAAUAAAAAUUGAAUUUGAAGAACAAGAUAAAGGUGAAAAACGUGUUUCUUCACGUUCUCGUAAGUGUAAUGUGGUGGAAGAGUCAUUAUCUAAGGAACAAGAAGGAACAUUUUAUGACAAGAAGUCUUUAGUAGAAGAAUGGAUAAAACAAAUUGAUAAAAUGAUAAAAAAGGAAACAGAUAAAAUUAAGGAAGAAGUUGCAGCUGAUAUUAUACCACAAGCACAAUAUAUACAGAGAGAAGAAGAGGGAAAAGAAUAUAAUGAGGAAAAUAAAUUGGAAGAUCAGAAAGAAAAAGAAACAAAAGAAUCGCAUGUUAUAACACAGGAAGUUCAAACAGAUAAAAGUAGCUAUGCAGUAGUAGAAGGGAAAUCUGAGGAAUGGAAAAAUUGGAUGAAUGAUAUGGAAAAAGUUGAAUGGAAACGCUUUUUGGAUUUAUUGGAAAAUCAUAAAAAAAAAUGGCUUCAAAGCAAAGAAAUUGAAUGGGAUAAUUGGUUGACAAAUGUACAUUAUAAUUGGAUUGGAUUUAUUAAUAAAUUAGAAGGAGAAUUUAUAAAUGAUAAAAUAAGCAUUUGGAAUAAUUGGAAAGAAAAGGAUUGGAAAGGAUACAUAGAAAUGGAAUGGAAACGUCAUAUGAAAGUGAAAUGGAUCAAUUUGGUAAAAGAAAAUGAUAAUUUUUGGGAAAUAAAAGUUUUUUAUUAUUGGGAUAAAUGGCAUAGUAAAAAGUUGAAAGAAUGGAAAAGUAAACAUUGGAAAUGUGAUGAAUAUGAAAUGUGGAUAAAAUCAGAAAAAAAUAUACAGAAUGAUACAAAGUUUGAUGAAUGGAAGAAAAGACUACAAAAGGAAAAUAAUGAAUGGGAAAAAUGGAUAAGUGAAAAAAAAGAUAUAUUGAUGGAUAUGAAAUGGCCACAAUGGGAAAAAUGGAAAGAAUACAAAUGGAAAUAUUUAAAUGAAUGGUUGCGACGGGUUGAACAAGAGUGGUUAAACCAGAAACCAUGGGAAACAUGGAUGAAGGAAAGGAAUAGUCUUUAUGAAUCACAUGAAAAAGAGGUAUCUAUGUAA